CCGCACUCAAGCGAUGCCACGUGAUGCGGGGUGACGCGCUACAGGAAGGCGGGGCGUAGCUGGGCCGGAAGUGGCUGGCUGUGUUCCGGUUUGGAGGCCGCGGCCGGGCUCGGUGUUCGCUGCUGACUUCAGUAUGGAUGUUGAUUUAAUAUGUCCCGGAUUAUAUUGUGGAAAACAAAUAAAAGAGAGUGGAAAUGAUAGUCAAUUCCAAUACGGAGAUUGUGGGGUAUGCCCAAGAGGGGAAAGAUCAGAUGCCUUGAAGAUUUGUCGGAAAUGUGAGGAAUUGCCAGAGUUAUAUGACUGGCUGUAUCUUGGCUUCAUGGCAGUCCUACCUUUGGUUUUGCAUUGGUUCUUUAUUGAAUGGUACUCGGGCAAAAAGAGUUCCAGUGCACUUUUUCAGCAUGUGACUGCAUUAUUGGAAUGUGCUGUUGCAGCCAUUGUCACAUUGUUGGUAAAUGAUCCAGUUGGGGAGCUGCAAAUCCGGUCCUGCCGUGUGAAGAUGCUGUCAGAUUGGUACACAAUGCUUUAUAAUCCCAGUCCAGAUUAUAUUACUACAUUGCAUUGUACACAGGAAGCUGUAUUUCCUUUGUACACCAUUGUCUUCAUCUACUAUGCUUUCUGUCUGGUUUUCAUGAUGCUGCUCCGUCCUCUCCUGGUUAAAAAGAUUGCAUGUGGUCUUGGAAAGUCGGACCGAUUUAAAAGUAUUUAUGCAGCCCUCUACUUUUUCCCAAUUCUUACAGUGCUUCAGGCAGUUGGUGGAGGCUUGCUUUACUAUGCUUUUCCAUACAUAAUUCUAGUCCUGUCCUUGGUAACUUUGGCAGUAUAUAUGUCUGCUUCCGAAAUACAGACUUAUAAGGAUUUGAUCACCAAAAAGAAGAGAAUAAUUGUUCUGUUCAGUCACUGGAUACUGCAUGCCUAUGGAAUAAUCUCAAUUUCCAGACUGGAUAAACUGGACCAAGAUCUGCCCCUGUUGGCCUUAGUGCCCACUCCUGCACUUUUCUAUCUUUUAACUGCUAAAUACACAGAGCCUUCAAGGAUACUGUCAGAAGGUGGCAAUGGACAUUAAAGAAAACGUGGGAAAACAGAAUACAGUAUUUGAUUGGUCAAUGAAUGUUAGAGAUUGCUUUAAUAACAUGGGGAGACCCACUAAUGUUAUCACCAAGGAAACCUGUUUUUUAUUGCUUAUUAAGAUUGUUAUUUAUAUUCUGCGCACACAUGAACAAAAUUGCACUAAGAAGCAUAAAGGAAAUGUUAAUAAAGUUGAAUAUAUAAACGAUUGGAUAUCCUGUGGGAUGGGGAUAAAAAGUGAAAAUUUGAAAAGAUUUGUAGAAAAGCAGCAUUGUAGUGUCUUUGUAUCCCUGCAGUUUGCUGGCUGUUUAGAUUAAGUUAAUGUUUUAUUUUAUGGGAUUUCAUUUGACUAUAAUUCUAUUGCACUGUUACCCUUAUCUUAAUAUCUCUAGAUUGAACCAACACAGCAUUGCCCAAAGCCUCAUCAGUUGCCUUGUUAAUUGCUUUUCUAUUAGACUACCACCCAGAGUAAAUCACACAAGAAAUUGGUGCCACUUCUUUUUUAAAUUAUAAAACAUCCAUUCAUGCAUUUCAUAUUUUGCCAAGUUGCUUUUACAGAGCUACCUUAUUUCCAAAUUCAAGCAUGUAAGUGUCUUUUCAUUUGUCAACACCACAUUUGUAGACAAUAUUACAGUGUAAAUACAGUAAAUUCCAUGACUCUUAAAAGGAUUAAUUGUAACUCCUGUAUUCUCCAGAAGUUGGAACCGUGAACUAUUUUUAAUCUAAGAGUAGAGACGCGCGGUUAUUUAAAUCUCUAGCACAGGCUUUAUCAGACGCGAAAAUAUACUUAAGAUAAACACAAAAAGCUGGAGUAACUCAGCGGGUCAGAGAGCAUCUGGAGAAAAGGAAUAUGUGACGUUUCGGGUCGAGACCCUUCAGACGAUAUGCUUUUUCAAAUCAGACUUCUUAAAUCAGAGCAGGUUUUGCAAGUGACAGUUCAAGACUUACAAAAUUUAUACAACUAAUAGAUCAGCUGCCAAUUAACGGGCCUGUCCCACUUUCCCGAGUCCUCUGCCGAGUUGAAAGGACCUUUUAAAAAAAAAUCAAGAUUUUUGUGAUCUACGUCUCCUCGUCCCGACUAUCUUUUUACUCAUGGACAUUUUUGUCAUGCUGGAAAAAUGUCCCGCCUUGCCUGAUGCCCUGAGUACCUACGGCUGGCAUAACAAGCCACUACGAUAUAGCUACGGACUCCUGCGGCCUCGCUACGGACAUUCUCCGAGUUUGAUUCCAGGGGAAAACGGGAGAAUUUGUGAGUAACUCGGGAAAGUAGGGCAGGCCCUUAACUAUAAAUGUAAAUAUUUUUAAAUUGUAUUCUAAUCCAAGAACAAUUUGUGAUGCUGUCAAUUAAAUGUUGUCUUACCUCA